AUGAGGCAACCAUGGUUAGAGUGGCCAACAGGGAAGCUCGGCACAGACACUGGCCAAGAAGAUCAGAACCCAAGAAAAAAGUGCUCGUAUCAUAACGAGCUUGACCAUUACACAACGGCAUGCGCCCCGUACAAGGCACUGUUAGAGAGUUUGGCGACCCAAGGCCAUCUCGACCAGUACAUUGAUCGAACCAAAACACCCACCCGUCAACCUGCUGGAAAUCCCAACCCAAAUGAGCCGCGGCCGACGAUACACGUUAUCCACGGCCCAAUGACAAAGGAAUCUGAAACAAACCUUUGUGCUGACCUCGAUCGUGCAUCCACUUCCAAGCAGGUACUCGCUGUAGGACCUGGAUCCAAACUUCAACGUCCAGAAGAAAUGCCCAAGUGGACAAUAACUUUCACCGAGCGCGACCUCGAGCGCGUGCAAACCAUAGACUCUGACGCCCUUUUUGUGACUGUCCAAAUUGGAGUCCACGACGUUAAGCGCGUCCUCAUCGAUCAGGGAAGCCCGGCAGAGGUCAUGUGCUAUGACCUGUUCAAAAAACUUGAUCUACCAGAAUCAGCGUUGCAACCCGCUGAAGUACCUCUUAUUUGA